AUGAGAUCCACAGUUAAAGUAGCUCAGGUUGGAGCCGAUGAUUAUCCAGCUUCCGGUCAUAAUUCACCACUCCGCCACCUCGGAUUCCCUGACUUUCCGUCUUUCCAAGAAGCAGUAGCAGCGCCGCCGCCUCCUCCGCUUGAUAUGCCUCUGUUUCCACCGCCGCCAACAUUUCCCAAUCUUGAAAGCCCUAGGAUUCCGGUACCGGAUUGGCCUUCCCUCCCCGGUUUCCUGCCAUUUCCGUCCAAAGAUCAGGUCCCUCCUUCGGAACCCUUUGGUCCAAGAUUUGACGAGUCCGACAAUUGGCUGCCUUCUACUCCAAGUAACCCCCAAGGGUUUCCAUAA